CUGCUUCCUGCCGGCGCGGGGCGGGACCGGCGUUGCCUGCCUCUCUCCGCCCCGCUCGGGCCCGUGAGUGCGGGCCAUGGCGGCUAGAAACGCGGGCACCGAGCUGGAGCUUGGCUGGAUCUCCAAAGUGUAUGUGAAUCCACCUGCAGUUGUAAGGCAUGCGGAACAAAUUCAGAAAUGGCGGACUGUGAAAGGUAAUUGGCAAGCUGCUUGGCUGUUGAAAGCUGUCACCUGCAUAGACCUUACCACUCUGUCUGGUGAUGAUACUCCUUCAAAUGUUCACAGACUGUGUUUUAAAGCUAAGCAUCCCAUCAGAGAGGAUCUACUGAAAGCCAUGGAUAUGCAUGACAAAGGUAUUACUGUUGCAGCAGUUUGUGUAUAUCCUGCAAGAGUCACUGAUGCUGUUAACACCCUGAAGGCUGCUGGUUGUAGUAUACCAGUAGCUUCAGUGGCUGCUGGGUUUCCAUCUGGACAAACUCCUCUAGAAACAAAACUGGCUGAAAUAAAGCUGGCUGUGCAGUAUGGUGCUAGAGAGAUUGACAUCGUCAUUAGCAGGAGCCUGGUGCUCAGUGGCCAGUGGGAAGGUCUGUAUGAGGAGAUCCGCCAGUGCCGUGAGGCCUGUGGAGAAGCUCACAUGAAAACAAUCCUAGCAACAGGUGAACUGGGGUCCCUUGCUAAUGUCUACAAAGCCAGUAUGAUCGCUAUGAUGGCAGAUCUUUACUUCCUUUCAGGUUCUGAUUUUAUAAAGACAUCUACAGGAAAGGAAGUGGAAAAUGCGACUCUUCCGGUCGGAGUAGUCAUGAUGCGAGCCAUUAAAGAAUUCUACUGGCAAACUGGCUUUAAGGUUGGAUUUAAGCCUGCUGGUGGCAUUCGGACAGCAAAAGAAGCUAUUACUUGGCUUAUGCUGGUAAAAGAGGAACUGGGAGUGGAAUGGCUGAAACCAGAGCUCUUUCGCCUUGGUGCGAGUAGUUUGUUGGAAGACAUUGAGAAACAGAUUUUCCACCACGUGACUGGCUCUUAUGCACUUCAACAUGACCUGGCAAUGGCUUAAACACAGAAUCGACUCAGGAUUAUUUUUAUAAAAGAAGCCUUUAAAAAAGCAGCAUUCAGAAGUCUUCCAACCACUGAACACUUAAGCUAAUGAGGAAGCAGCUGAGACAGGAGUAGAAGACAUCCUAGCGGCUAUCCCUGCCAGGCUGAAGGCAGAGCGGUGUCCCAACUUUCAAAACUUGUAUUGGGCUCAUACAGUAAUUGGCAGGGAAGAUCGCAAACCAGAAUCUUCCUAAUGAGAAGUGACAACAAGUAGGAGCAGCUUGUCCUUACAGAGGCUUAACCUGGAACAUCUUCACCUAGCCAGCUUGGGUUUUAGCAGGUACGUUAGCAAUGCAUGAGAGUCCUCUGCUUGUGAAAAGCCUUGCAUUGGACUACAAUCAGAUCAGGCUGUUUUAGUGUGCUGCAGAAAGUGUUCAGAGAGGUUCUGCGGGUAUUUAAGGCCACACACUGUGCUCAUAUCAGCUCUGUCCAGUCUCAGUGUACCUGUCUCUGUGAGAUACUGAGAGAGAUGUCCCAGUGGCAGUGACUGCCCCAAGCAGACUGUGGGCAAGGUGCGGGACUGAGGUCUCCAGUAGCCUUCACCUGUGCUCCUUCUGUUGAUCUUGUGCCAUUCGUUGCCCACCUCUGCACCUCAUUGAAAACUCAGGACCUUCUGCUCAGAGUAAAUUAAUAAAUUAAUAAAUGGAAGUCACUUCUGCAGGAAGAUAACCAUCUGCUCCUAAAUGAACAUGUGUUUUCAGAGUUGUAUCCACCGGGCAGAUUUCUUUGUUAAGCAAUAAUUCUGUUUCAUUUUCCUGAACGGCUCUGCCAUUUUCUCCAUUAGAGGGCUGUAGAGCCGUGUGUUAGAUAAUUUUAGAACACAAAUGGAUAUAUAUAUAUAUUUGGGGCCUAAUUUUCUUCUGUAUUGCUCUCCUGAAACUCAGUGAGGUGUAAAAGUGGUGCAAUACAGAACAAAAAUGCACAGCACCUUAGAAUACACCUUAGAAUACAUCAGAGCUCUGGGUUUUUCUGACAAUGUUCAGAAACUCAGAGCUGGUAAGAUUUUUAGACACAUGUAUGACAGGUGAGGCAGAUGAGUGAGUCAGUUGCUGCUAGCAUGUUUGAACACACUACAGUUGGUCAAUAGGAUAUGUUUUGAGGAAAAAGUAGCAAAGAGCACUUGCAAUGCACAUGUAGAGCUUUGAAUUCUUAAGAACUACAAGUAUUAUAGGCAGAGGCUAGACUAAGAAUCGUAAAUGUUACAGGCUCCAUUUUGCUUCAGCUGUGAUACUGACAAGCUAGUUGUAUAGACUACAAUUUCCUAGGUAGAUAUCUUCCUCAGCUGAACUUUAUUCAAAACAAAAACAAACAAACAAACAAAAAUAAAUAAAUAAAGCUGGAAAAAAAAAAAAAAAAA